CGUACCUUAGGCCCUACACCCACUCUCACUAAGUGUUGCGACACAUAUCCUCAGAACGCUUGAUUGCAUCUGCUUUCAUCCCUUUCGCCGUUUCUUCAGCCUCGAGAGAUCAUGGCUAACAACCUGAAGAACAAGCCUCUGCCUAUGUCUGAGACGCUGCGCGACCUCGCACUCCUACGGGCUUCCGACAUCGACCUCGCGCACUUGGCAUCACAAUCGGGACUCAGCGAUGCAGGUUCAAGGGAAGAUGGCGGAAUUGAUGAGGCAACUUCGCGUUCCUACGAGUUUGUCAAGGAAACUCGGGCCACGUUGCGAUUGCUCAACGGCGGAGAGCUGGAACGGCAGGGACAGAAGACAGAGGAGGCGCGUAGGGAACUGAUGGAAGUGCUCAAAGGGCUUGCUGAUGGACCUUAGCUGGAGAAGGAGGUGAAUUCUCAUUCUAAGUACCGCAUAUAUGGUAUAGCUGCUCUCCAUUGGAAACCCUCAGACGAGGCUAUUCCAAGAAAAGCAGCAAGCAGUCUGCGCGAUCCAUCUGUAUGCACGCUCCAUCUCCACUAUUUUUUUUGAAGGCGUACGCCUUGCCUAAGCCCACCACAAUGCUGGUCCUCGUCUGCGUCCUUCCAGCUGUACUACGAACGCCGUCGUUACCUGCCGUGUCAACUAUCAAGCGCCCGCUAUAUGCACUACCAAUCGCUCCUUUUACCCACCGCUAUACGAAGACAGUGCUGUUAACCUAGACAUGCCAUACAAUUCCCGCUACCGUCGUCACGAAGAGCAACAUCGCUCGCAUGAUUCUGCAGUACGUAUCUCCCCAGCUUCGUUUUGCACGUCCCCGCGUUUCCGCCCUUCACUACAACUUCCUGCCCCAAGAGCACCCGCCAUAUUACCUGCCCGACCUCAUCGCCUUCGCCUUCGCCAUCUUCGAACCUCUCGAUGUUGUUAUCAAGGCUUUCCUGUCGUCUAGCACAAUCGAGUUCAACCCGAUGUGCCAUCCUACACCCACGAUCAGACUUGGUCAUGGAUCUGGCAAUGUACCCAAGGCUGCGCCGACGAUACAAUGAUCGAGGCCUAUUCCUUUGUUCGAUGUCCAAUCCAUCACGCGCCGCAGGUAUUCAACCACCAUGAUUAUCCACUCCUCCUCGUCAUACGGCCUGCUGGCUAGAAGCAUAGCGGCCCAACGAUACUCUCAACCAACGACCACCAUCGCGUCAAAAGCUUCUAUCCUUUCCUCCACCUGUAUGCUGUAUGUCUCCGAAAAUCCCGGAGAGCCUGGGUAGACCAUUCGAGUGAUGUUAUACGUCUGUGACAUGAAUGGGU